UCAUCCAAUGAAACUAACCAUUUCGUAUGUUAACGAACCAAUUAUGAGAAUUCCCGUUCUAUAUAAGCAGUGACUACUGACUAGGAUACAUAAUAAUAGUAACGAAAAUAUUAUAUAAUCCAAAGUUUCGUGUUAAAAAUUAAAAUGAUAAGAUAUUGAUUAAUGAAUAAAUUGUUUUACUUUAUUUAGUGUUUAAAUUAAAAGAAUAAAGAAAAAGGAAGGAUGUCCGGAAAGCGACAAAAGAGUUGUCUGUUAAUAUGAUGAGAUGACAGUUGCGAGAGUUUAGGAAGCACUGAAGGAGGAGAAUGUUUCAUAGAACCGAAAAGCUCGACACUCCUCCGCAUCUUGUACACUUCACUGCCAUACACCACCCGACGUCGUCAUGGGGACCCCCAACGGGGAUGUGAGGAAGAAGGAGGAGGAGGAGGAGGCUAAGUUGAUGGAACAGGAAUACCAAGACAAGAAAGAGGAGGAGGAGGAAGAGGAGGAGGAUCCCAAUGCAGUUUGGAGGUUUAGGAUAUCGGAGCCGUUGAAGGAGACGCUGAAGGGGAAGGGAAUAGAGUCACUGUUUCCGAUUCAGGCCAUCACCUUUGAUACCAUUCUUGAUGGCUCCGAUUUGGUUGGCCGUGCUCGAACCGGUCAGGGAAAAACUCUGGCCUUUGUGUUGCCCAUAUUAGAGUCUUUGAUAAACGGUAUAGCCAAAGCUUCAAGAAAGACUGGUUAUAGAAGGCCUCCAAGCGUUCUGGUUCUUUUACCAACAAGGGAAUUGGCAUCUCAGGUUCACUCUGACUUUGAACUUUAUGGUGGCGCCGUCGGAUUAACAUCUUGCUGUUUAUAUGGUGGAGCUCCAUAUCAGAGCCAAGAAAUUAAGCUCAAGAGAGGUGUUGAUAUUGUUGUUGGCACACCAGGCCGGAUUAAGGAUCAUAUAGAGAGGGAAAAUAUUGAUCUAAGCCAGCUUAGAUUUCGCGUCCUGGAUGAAGCAGAUGAGAUGCUGAGGAUGGGUUUUGUUGAAGAUGUUGAACUUAUUCUUGGUAAGGUAGAGAACAUUAGUAAAGUCCAGACACUUCUAUUCAGUGCUACUUUGCCAGACUGGGUUAAGCAUAUUGCUGCAAAAUUUCUGAAGCCAGAUAAGAAGACAGCUGACCUUGUUGGAAAUACAAAAAUGAAGGCAAGCACCAAUGUUAGGCAUAUUGUUCUUCCCUGCACUACUUCUGCCAGGUCCCGCCUUAUUCCGGACAUCAUUCGCUGUUAUAGCAGCGGAGGACGGACAAUUAUAUUUACUGAGACAAAGGAGUCUGCUUCACAACUUGCAGGUUUCUUGCCUGGAGCAAGAGCUCUCCAUGGAGACAUACAGCAGGCGCAACGUGAGGUUACAUUGUCUGGCUUCAGGUCUGGCAAAUUCAUGACAUUAGUUGCUACAAAUGUGGCAGCUCGAGGUCUGGAUAUUAAUGAUGUUCAAUUAAUUAUCCAGUGUGAACCGCCAAGGGAUGUAGAAGCCUAUAUCCAUCGUUCAGGGCGCACGGGACGAGCAGGUAAUAGUGGAGUUGCUGUUAUGCUUUAUGAUCCAAGGAGGUCAAGUAUAUCCAAAAUCGAAAGAGAAUCCGGUGUCAAAUUUGAACAUAUAUCUGCUCCUCAGCCUCAUGAUAUUGCUAAAGCUAUAGGUAGGGAAGCUGCUGAGAUGAUCAAUCAAGUGUCUGAUAGUGUGAUUCCGGCGUUCAAGUCUACUGCUGAGGAGCUUUUGAAAAACUCCGGUUUGUCAGUUGUUGACUUACUUGCAAAGGCUCUUGCCAAGGCUGUUGGUUAUACUGAGAUGAAGAAAAGAUCGCUUCUCACUUCCAUGGAGAACCAUGUUACAUUACUUCUUGAGAUUGGGAAACCUAUCUUCACUGCAACUUUUGCAUAUGGAGUGUUGAGGAGAUUCUUGGCCGAAGAGAAGGUUGAGGCAGUGAAGGGUCUCACUCUCACCGCCGAAGGAAGUGGCGUUGUCUUUGAUGUACCAGCUGAAGAUUUAGAUACAUAUCUUGCAGGUGCAGUUCUAUUUCAAAGGAAAUUAUUUUCCUCUCUGCAUUCUUUCAACACAUUUCUUUCAUACUUUUUUCCAACAGGUAAGGACAAGGCCUCAAGUGUGAGGUUAGAGGUGUUGACAGCGUUGCCACGUUUGCAAGAAAAAGACCAAUCAAGGGGUGGAAGAUUUGGUAGUGGUGGCCCUCGUCGUGGUGGUUUCGGAGAUAGAAGUGUGGGGAGCAGGUUUUUGGGUGGAAGAGGUGGCAGCGGCAGGAAUGUUAGAUUUUCCAGUGACAGAUUCUCUAAUAAUGGUGGCAUUGGGAGAGGUCGUGGCAUCAGGAGUGGAAAGAGAUGGUGAAACAGACUGAGAUAGGGACUUUUAGACAUGAUGAUCACUACUCCAAUAUCAUUGCCAAUGAACCUGAACCUUGGUGAUCCAUUCAUAAGUAUGUUGAAGCUUUGGAGAAACUAAAUGGGAGUGAAGUUCACUCUUAUGUUUUGGAAGAUACAAGUUCAAAGACUGCGAUUUGUUUCUGAAAACAGAAUAAGACAAGACACUUAGAAUAAGACAUAAAAU